GCGCAGCUGGUGAUCAACUGUGUAAUAAUGUCUCUAUUUCGACUCGCCCGUGUUCCUGCGGCAGUUCGGCUAGCUAUACCUAAUAAUUACACGUCACCGAGGCUCUCUUUCGCUGGCUGCGUUGCGUCCGAGCGUCCUCCAAUUACCCGCGAACGCACCUGCUGCCCCUGCUUUGGCUGCCGACCGUGCUUCGUCUUUCUCGCGACUAGCCGAUCGUGAGACAAAUAUAUAUAAAUGUAUAUGCGACGAUUUUCGGGGCAACGAACAAAGUGGAAGAGAAAUUGAUAUCGGGAAAAAAAUAUGAAAAACGAGCAGAGAUAUCCAACGAUCGCAAAAGUCACGGCACCGUGAAGAAACGAUCGUUAUCGGCCACAUCUGGAAGCCAAGUUAAAUUCACUUUCACGUCCUCGAUCCGCUGUAUCGCUGAUGAAAGAAAAAAAAAAACAAAUAAAAUUAUUAUCAACAAUCGAUCCUUCGAUAAUGUCAUGUAAUUUUCGACGAAAGAUUUAUUUGUAACGCGACGUUAUUAGUUUGUAGAAAACUGCCAACGAUUUCAAGCCAAUGUCGUCACCUUGUGAAGAAAAAAAAAAAAAUCCGUCUCCCAAGGGUUGUGAGAAAUAAUUAAAAGAAAACAAUAUAUUUGAAAAGGUAUCCGCGAGUAUAGUAAUUUCAGUUUGUACGAGAAGAAAGAAAAAAAAAGCUCGAAGAAACGAAGAGAGAGGAAAAAAAAAGCGUCACGUCUUGUUUUAACAUAUUUAACGUCGGCACGUUUGUUUAAAGAAAGAAGAGAAAAAAAAAAACCAAAAGUUAUUACGGCCUUACGGCAGCCAUAUUUGUGAAGUAAACUCAACCCGUUCGCUAAUGACAAGUUUCUUGCGUCACAUAUUUAUUUAUAUAUAUAUAUAUAAAGGUGUAGCGGAGUCGUCGCGAUAAAAGUAUUACCGGGCCGUUGCGAGCGAGUCGCGGUCCCUCGGUUGGGGAGCGCGUUCGACGUUGAUCGUAUUAUGGGAUGCGGUGGUUACGGAUAAGUCCGACGGGAUUUUCUACGAGGGAUGAGGAUUUCGUCCCGACGAUGGCGUCGCAGUGUCCCGAACCGAUCGUCGAAGGCGUUUCUCUGGGCAGUAUCGUUAAGUACGUUUUGAGACACACGAGGAUGACGGAAGCCAGCGUUCGUCACGCGGUAACGGAGGUUCUGAAUCUCGGAAUCUCGAUGGGGAGGAUCGGAAAGACGUCGGAGGGAACUUACUUCCUCAUGACGUCCAGCCCUCCCGCAGCCGCUCAAAACAUCAGGGAACCGUGUUUCAGCGACGACAGCAGCGGCAGCGAUUGAAAGAAAAAAAGAACUUGUAAUCGUCCAAUUAUACUCGUCGAAUGAAAAUUGUAAAAUUGUCGAGUACGCGAAA